AUGGCUCUGAGUGAUGUGCUAGUUAAGCAAGUUAUAAUAAAAUCGGAUGGAGAUGUUUUCCAUGACUUAUUUGGAAACAGACCAUACCAUAUAUCUGAAAUGACACCCGAUUUCAUAAAAGGUGUUGAUCUGCAUCAUGGUGAAUGGGGUAUUGUUGGAUCCAUUUCUGUGUGGAAUUUUACACAUGACGUGAAGGAAAAAGUGGCUAAAGAGGUAAUCGAAGAAAUUGACAAAGAGAAAAAGUUAGUGCGUUAUAAGGUGAUAGGGGGUGAUAUAUUGGAGGCUUACAAAAGCUUCUUAGUUACAAUUCAUGUGGACACCAAGGGAGAAGAGAACGUUGUGACGUGGACUUUCCACUAUGAGAAGCUUAAUGAGAGUGUUGAUGAUCCUAAUAGUUUGAUGGAUUUAUGCCUUCGUAUCACCAAAGAUAUUGAGAACCAUCACCUCGCCAAAUCAAACUAA